ACAAUUGAGCUGCCCGAGUUCUUCGUUCCCCUCACGUUAACGCACAUACCGCGCGGAUCAAACUCUCGCCGUUACAACCGUCGGAUGAAUCCCUUUAAUACCUUUGCCUUAUCAAAUCUUUGAUAUCCCACUUUAAUGUCUGAAUCUUAUCUUUUCUUAAUGUCUGAAUAUAUAGUCGAAGGGUCUUCAAGUUCAAGGUCUUAGCUUUUGCCCCCGUUGACUUCUGCGGUUCUUUCAUGUAAACCGAUGGGUGGAGGUGGAGUUUCGAGAUCCGAGGAGAAAAGCGGCAUAAAGUUCGUCAACUUGUUUGGUAACAGUUUGUUUCCGGAGGUAGCUGUAUGGAUCAAUCAGAAGCUUCAAGAUCCUAUUAAGGCGGAGUUGAAGAGAAUGAGAAACGCGAAGGAGGAGCUCAGCUCGAUCAAGUGUACGGCGGAGAGAGAGAGAAAUAAUGUGGAAAGAGAUCAAGAGAAGGAACUGCAAGCUUGGAGAGAUAAUCCUUCAUGGACUGAUCAACCUCCUAAGGUGAAGGUGAAAACACAAAAGGGUUCCUUCUGCCAUCUGAACAUAGAAGUGACUGUGGGAUUGCCUCCUGAUACGGUCUUCGACAUUUUCACUCAUCCCGACAACAAACGCUACUUCCGUAACAUCAAGGAGAACAUAUCAAGGAAGAUUUUGAUAAAUGAGGAGUCGAGGCAGGUGGUGGAGGUUGAGCAAGCUGCUGCUUGGAACUUCCUCUGGUGGUCCGGAACCUUCCCCGUCCAUCUCUUGGUUGACGAGAACAGAAAAGAUUUCUCUUCAAAGUACAAGCAAGGGAAGACAAUGUUCAUGAAAGUGUUCGAGGGGUGCUGGAGAGUGGAGCCAUUGUACGUGGACGAGCAUCUGUGCGGAAAAGAGAAGCCCAAGACAAGAGAAGAGUACAGGAGGUGCAGCGGAGGGAGAGGAAGGAUCGGAUCAAAGGUGAUAAUGGAUCAGAUAUUCCAGCCGUCGGCCCUUCUGACUCCGCCUCCUCUCUCUUGGUACCUACGGGGAAUUACCGUGAAGACCACGGAGAGUAUGAUAGAGGACCUAAUGUCUGUAUCUGCACGUGUCCGCUCUGGUGGCUCAUUCUCUCACUCCGGUCAUUACCAUCCUCUUCCUGAUGACUCUGAUUCCUCCUUCAACAACAACUCUGACGGCGUCGGACUCAACAUCAAAGAGAGUUGGAGACUCUCUAGAUCCAGGAAGAGGAGACGCAAGCGUUCCUCGGUUCUUUUUCGUUAAGUAUGCGUUGUUAGGUAUUAUUAAAAAGCUUCCAUUGUUCAUAUGAAAAAUCAUUCAUACACAUAUUGAAACUCAUACUCUCUCUUUUAAUGUUUGCUUGCCAAUGCUGUCGAUAAAUGUUAAAUUCAGUA